GCGUUCCCAAAAAGAUCAGUACCUCCAAAAAUCCAAAAGCUGAUCUGUACUUUGCCUAAUAGCGAACUUGACUAAAAGUGGAAAACUUGAAAUAUAACAGUAAGAUGUUAAAAAGGAAACGGAAUAUAAAAAUGGGUUAUGGUGGUCCACUGUAUGUAUCGGAAAAUAGGAGGAAGUGGGAGAAUGUAUGGUAAAUUGUCCAAGACACAGGAGAAUCCACCUACAAACUACAACCGUGUGUACCGGAAUUACACUGCCGAGCAAACAUUAUUUCCUAGUGGCGGAAAGGACGCUCCGCCGUUAACGUGCUUACCAAUGCCUAUCAAGCCCUCAUGUGCUUCAGCCUUGUUAUCCACACCGGUAUGCAGUAAUCUUGGGGAGGCUAGGGAGGAGAUGCUUAGCGACUCAUCUGCAGCUGUCCCAGUCUCGGUAUCGGAUUUUGUGAAGCAGUUCCGUCGCGGCAUCCUGUGUGGCGACUCCGAGUGCGUACAUAGGCUACUGAGGUCUUCAAGACAUCCUCCCAUCGAUUUCAAUGCUGAUCCACCGCCUUUAUGUUCAGCUGCUUCGAAAGGAUACGCGGACGUUGUUGGCUUGUUACUCAGGCAUGGCGCCGAUGUGAAUGUUCGCGCUUCGGACGAUUCCACACCGCUUAUAUGUGCAGCCGAUAAUGGUCACUGGAACGUUCUGGCUGUUUUAUUGAACGCAGGUGCAAGCAUGAACCUUUUGACUCGGAUGGGCGAAACAGCCUUGGCCCGAGCCACUCGACGUGGCUGGGUCCAUUGCUCCAGGCUGCUUCUGACUUAUGGAGCUAAUCCACAUCCCAUGGCUACAGAUGGUAAUCCACUUGUCGUUUCUCCUCUGCAUCUUGCCCGCCAGAUGCACCAGACUAUUAUAGAAGAAGAUAUUCUAACUCAGGCCAUUACGAUGGAAAAUAUACUUUUACAGUUGGUAAAGGCAACAUUACCGAAGCACAUUUAUCUCAUGGAACCCGGUCAUCUCGUUGAUACCAAGACCUCCAGUUUUUUUCCGGUGCAGUUGUUAUCUGACAGGGAAUUGUCACCGUUCGUAUUGUACUUCAAAACUCCUCCGGGAUACGAGAAAACCGAAAUGGAUAGUGGCCAGAAAAUGAGGUCCUCGAGUACUUCGAAUGAGCUUAUCCUCAUAUACAUCGUCCGUGCCCAGUUGCUGGACGGACAGCUCACUAGCUGGCUGAAUGGACCCGAGUUUUGCUCCUUAAAGCUGAGUUUUAAUGGCACUCGUCGGAACUGCAAGCGACUACCUACAGCCCCGGAAUACACCGGCUUGUUUGUGUUCUCUGUUACUUCAACCAUCAAAAGCGGUGGUUUGAACACCCUCUGUGUGGAAACAUCCCGGAACCGAUCGGCCUUCCAAGCUGAUGAUCAGGCAAAGGAUUCGCGGACACCAAAUCCAUCGCCGCCAAUGGUUCUGAUCGGCGCCUAUCGCGUGCACAUAGACGUCACGUCCAUAAUCCAAGCCUCUGUUGGUCUAACGUUUGGAGGUCCGAACAAACCCACACUGUACAUUCCAAAAUAAUAGAAUAAAACCUUAUUCGUCCCUCUA